AAGCGCUGAUUGCUUUUUCAUUUAGAAGUUUUAGCAAUUUUGUUGUAUGUUUUAGCGUAUUAUUGCAUACCAGCAUAAUAAGAAAUAAAUACCAUGCAGUCAGCAAGUAAAAGUUAAAACUCAAAGCCUGUCAGUUUUAAAAAAAUUAACUAGACGCAUGUGAAAUAGUUGGCAAUGCUGUCUGUUAUAUUGGCGUUUUUCGUUUUAAUUCUUGCAACUUAUUUCUUAUGGAAUUCAAGGAAACGACAGCAGCGGGAUGGAGAACCAAACAUUGUACCUUACUCAAUUCCAUAUCUCGGCAGUUCACUACCGUUUUAUAAAGACCCAGUUAAGUUCUUGAAGGAAUGUGAGGAAAAGUACGGAAGCGUGUUUACGUUGUUUAUGGGCGGCCAAUACUUCACGUUUGUUACCGACCCGUUCGUUCAACACAUUAUCGUGAAAGAAAAGAAAGUUUUAAGAUUCCGGAACUGCUUACCACCCGUGCUUAAACAUGCAUUUGAUUAUUACCCGACAGCUGUCGAUGACGAAAUGAUGAAACUGACCCACCAUUAUUUCCAGGGCAAGCCAUUAGGUUUGUUGGUCAAGCAAAUGAACAGAAAUAUACAGAAGUGGAUUCUGGACGGGAAUCAGGGGGAUGCUGGGGAUAAAUGGGAAACAGUCGGACUUCUGUCGUUGGUGCAAAGGGUUAUGGGUUCUGCAAGUUUUGUGAGCCUAUUCGGAGAAAACCCAAAAGCAAGCGACACACUCGACGUUCAACGGCAGCUAUUGAAUUUUCUAACAGUUUUCCCUUCUCUACUUAGAGGGCUGCCGCUUUCGUUGAUAACAAGAUCGAGAGAAUAUCGCCAAGACUUGUGGAAGUCAUUAACUAAAAGUAAAGUAACUAAAAGAAAGGAAAUCUUCCCGAUAAUUGAUGAGAUCGUUACCUUACAUGAACAGAAUGGGGAAAAUAAGUUGUUGCCGAAACGUUUGCUUCCCGUUCUAGUUGCAAGCCAGGUUAACACAAACCCCUCGAGUUUCUGGAUCCUGUAUUACCUGUUAAAGAAUUCCGAAGCCCUCGCCGCAGUCAAAGAUGAAAUGGAAAAGGUUUUACAAGAACGAAGUAAAAACCCGGGCAAUAACUUUGUCUGCUUUACGAAAGAAGAAAUGGAAACAAUGACGACUUUAGAAAGCGCUAUCAACGAAUCCUUGCGGCUUUCAAUAUCCGGGGGUAUGCUUCGUAAAGCUGCGACAGAAUACCGCCUUGAGAUACCAGACUACGGUCAAACUUAUACGAUCCGUGAGAACGACAUGGUAUUAGUAUGGACGCAAGUUAACCAGAUGGACCCAGAAAUAUUCGAAGAGCCAGAGGUUUUCAAGUACGAUCGGUUUCUUAACGAAGACGGGAGUUUGAAAACAAAUUUCUAUAAAGACGGAAAACUCGUGAAAUAUGCCUUCCAACCGUUUGGUGAUGGUUCAAGUAAAUGCCCUGGAAGAUACUGGGCCGUCUUAGAACUCAAGCAACUGGUUGUCAACAUGUUGUUGUACUACGAUAUUAAACUGAUUGAUUCGCAAGAGAUUAAAAUGGAUAAGGGGAGAGUCGGCCUGGGAGCUCUGAACCCAACCAAGGACGCCUUGAUGAGCAUCCGUCGAAAACCCUUGUGUUGAAACUUUGUUGAAAACCUAAAAAAAUUAGUUAGAUUGUACAUUUAUAAGGUUUAACGUAAGGCUUACCAUUAAAUUCAAUGCUUCAUUUGCACAAUGAUACAGCUUUGCGCUUGGUAAAAUGUAUAUGAUGUACUUUUUGAAGUUUGCAAGUAACUGCAAGCUUAUUGUACACUCAACAGGUUUAACAGAAGUCUUACCUUUUUGAACACAUUGUUUCAUUUGCACAGCAAUUAAGCUUUGCGCUUGUAAAAGUUAUUUCUGCACUUUUAAAUACUUUUAAACGUAAAAUGUCCUGCACUGAUACAAAAUCUAUAUGAUUUAUUAAAUAUAAACUACAAG